AUGGCGUCCCUGUUCUGGAAGAGCACCAAGAGCCUGGUGAGAGAGCUGGGCAGGAAGGGUGAGCUGGUGCCUGUGGACAGCCUCAACAGCUCCCAGCGCCUGCGCCCCUUCUGCCUCGUGAGGAAGAAGCAUAAGCGUCACCCCUGGCCUUGGGACACACCCCUCAUCCCCACAGACUUCUCCCUCCUGGAUGUGCUGGAGCCUGGCUGUCCUGACCCAGAAGUGAACUGCAGCAGGCCCAUCUACACCUGGGAGAAGGAGGCAGGAGGAUUGACAGGGGCUAUGAGCCUGAGUGCUGGGCUACAGGGCCAGGUGACCGGAAGCGGAAGCUGCAAGACCACCUGCCUCUCUGCCUUGGCGGUGCAGACACUCUGGGUCUCCCCUUGUACCUGGGAGAUGCUACUUAAGAAGAGGAAACUGCGGUGGCCUAGGCCCUCCUUCCUCCAGGAACUACAGAGCCGGAAGGAGAGGGAGAACCUGUAUGUGGUGACUGAGACUGUGGAGACCCUGCAAGAUACCAUACUUCAGAGCCACGGGCAAAUGCUAGGAGCUGGACAGCUGUCUCUCCUGCAGAUGGGCCACGUCCAGGUCCAGGGGCAGAGCCAUGUAGACACAGAGAAAAUGGUGAGCAUCCCACAGGGCAGUGUACUGGCCUACCGGGUUCUGCAGCUGGUGGUGGAAGAAGAUGGCUGGGCUGUCCUUUACUUCCCUGACAGAAAGCUCUGCGGGAACACCAGGGUAGGUAGAGCCUUCAGCCAGGAAUCAGGAGAGGAGUCUAGCUUCUACGACUUGCAGGACCAAGCAGAUAGCCAGUUGCAGGACCUGGUCACUCUGUCCUCAGAGCAACGGGACACAUUGCUGGGCGCCCUCCAGGAGCUACUACAAGACCACCAGGCACUCCAGGAGCUGGAGGACACGCUGGAACAGGCUCUGGACACCGGGCUGCUGGCACAGCUAGAGGGCCCAGGAGGCUGUGUCUUAAGCAUCCUCCAAGACUCUACAGGCAACUUGUCAUGCUCUGGCGGCGGGGCUGUCCUCUACAUUCUUGGAGCCCUAGAAGCACUGAAUGAACUCCAGCAUUGCCUGUUGGCACAGUCCAUAGAGAGACAAAUCCUAUCUGAGGAACAGGAGCUGGGCACAAGAACUUUCUAAAUUAUAUGUGACAUGCUUACAAGAGUGCUGUUAUUGUAUGGUGCAAGGUGAGUGAGGCCACAUGGAGAAGUAGCUCUUCAGGGCCUUCACUUCAGGGUACACGACUCAAGAGAAGCUGUCCUGCCUUGCAUUUCCUGCAUUGACCUUUGUCCCACCUGUAACAUGACAACCUUUGGCAUCUUCCAAGAUACCAUAUUAGUGUUCUAA